AUGUCGGAUUUUCGUCUUCUUUAUGUUGGAUUGGUCCCAUGUCUGAUCUACUUGUGGCUGUCGUUGCAGCCUCAAGUGCCGACGUGGACAUGGAAGUCUCCCGAGCUCCGCGACAUACUGCUUGACAAAGGUAAUCAGUGGUGUAAUGGUACAACCGUCCAAAUCCAGGGCCAAGAAGGGUUUUCAGAGGUGCGCAUAACCAUGACGGAUCGAUGGAACACGUUUGACGCGCCCACAUAUUCCGCAGCUAUCAGCCCGGCCACCGAAGACGAUGUGGUCAAGACGGUCUGUAGAUUCACCGGUAGUCGUGGUACUACAGAAUUCGGAAUGCCGAGCAGAGUGUUGACAAGUUUACCAAAGGUCUUGCUGGCAGCGAAGCACCAAGUGCCUUUCCUGGCAACCGGUGGUCGUCACGGCUACACAACCAGCCUCGGGCGACUUCGAAACGGUCUCGCGAUUGAUCUGAGUGCUCUCAAUGAAGUGGGGGUGGACGAGUCGGCUGGGAUCUUGACGGUCGGAGGAGGUGUGCGUUGGAGCCAGGUGCUCGAUUCCGUGUUCGACGCCGGCUUCCAGAUGCAGACUGGUAUAUGCUCCUGUCCAGGAGUUGUCGGUGUUACGCUCGGAGGGGGCAUCGGGCGCUACUCUGGCCGCUUCGGCCUGGUCAUCGACGCGUUGCUGUCCGUACGGCUUGUUACAGCGGACGGCCGUUUGUUGAACGUGUCUGAAAAUUCACAUCCAGAUCUGUUCUGGGCCAUCCGCGGCGCGGGUGCAAACUUUGGAGUCGUCACAUCGGCUACUUACAAGCUGCAACGACUUGCCACCGACACCGACAGCGACCAAGGCCAUGUUUUGAUGGCCGACAUGGUGUUUCCGGCCGCAAAGACCGCCGAGUACUUUAAGAUACUAGAGUCGUUCAACGAUUCUAUGCCGGCAAACCUUGCAGUAUAUUCCAUAAUCAUGUACAGCGAGGGCGAUGAUGAUGCUCAGAUCAUGACCAAUUGGGUCUUUAUGGGCCCGGAGUCCGAAGGACGCGCAGCGAUGCAACAGGUCCUCGAGCUGCAGCCGUCCCCUUCACUAUUGAGGACGGUGCCGUGGUCCGAAAUAACGGCGUCGCAAGGUUUCGGUAUGUUGGAUGCCGCGUUCUGUCAGACCGCCGCGGACCGCAGCGUUUACGGUGUGAACGUCCGACAACUCCAUGCCGCGACUUACCAGUCCGUCUUUGAGAAGAUGAGGACUUUCUUCAGAGAAUACCCCGAAGCCCGCGGUAGCGCCAUAGCGUUGGAAACUUGGCCAAAUCAGGCGGCAUUGGCAGUGCCGGACGAGGCCACCGCGUACCCGUGGAGGGACGCCAAGGGAAACUUCCUCCUCGUGUUCACCUGGCCGAGCUCGAACCCCGACCGCGGCGAGGUCUUGGCUGAGGCUUCGAACAAGCUCGGCCGUGAGCUUCGGAACGAUUUCUCCCAAACAUCGGGAUAUCCGGAUCUGUCCGUUUUUGUGAGCUAUGCACAUAGUGACGAGACAGUCGAGCAGAUCUAUGGCAGAGACAAGCUGCCGCGCCUGGCGGCAUUGAAGAAGAAGUGGGAUCCCCUGAACGCAUUCGCAUACAACAACCCGCUACCCAUGGAGUACCCCGAGAAGAACGGCGAGUAA